UCCGCGACCUGCGCAAUGGUGACGUACGAGGCAACCUUGUCAGGAUGAAGGCCGAUAGGUUCACAGUGACACCUGGUGGAGGGAUAUUCAAAUCAUCGGCCGAUCCAAACAUUAGGAUCUAUUUCCCUGUAAAUGCCGUGGACAAUCCUAUGGAUAUUGUUUUACAGAUCGAGAAAGUCGACCAGGAGGCGCUACUGAGUGCCAAACUCCGCAGCCGGACCGUCGACAACAUCCUCGCCAUGGGACACAUCAUACAUGUCUGGCAGAGUGUCAACGUCAACUUUAAUGAGCAGGUUGCCUUGACGAUACCGGCGCCACCCACACCACAGCGGGGGAAGCUUCACGUGAUCACGUAUCGGGAUGAUAACACGUGCGCCCCGUGUAGUUCGGGCUACCGCAUCAUUAAUGGUUAUAUGACCAUAAAUGCUUGGCAUUUCUCAGGGAAAGGUGCCGUGCUGACGAGGACCAAAUGUAAAUACAAGGCCUGCAAGUCGGUGGAAACAUUACUGAGGAGCUUCUACAUAUAAAGGGAGGACAGGGUCGGAAACUUCAUCACAGGAGUGCCAGAACUCACGGCAAAUCGGUGAAAGAAACCCGUCCUGUGACAACUUAGUAACUGGUCUGGCCAAAGAAUGAAAGGAA